AUGGGUAAGUCCAGUCUCUGCACACCCAAUGCUGAAUUCAUGUACGUCAGUACACGUACAAUCAAGUAUACGAAACUCACGCAAACAACAGCCCUGCAAGCAGAUUCACCCUCGGAGCUCAUCACCAUCGACUCGGAAUACCUCGACAGAGUCUCCCUCCGCCGCCAAAUCAUCGCCCAGCACGGCGCCAUGGUUCACGCCUGUCUUCCCGCCGGCGUCGAGGCCGUCCGCGAGCUCCACCACCUUCUCCUCCGGGAUUACCUUCCGACCCGCUUCCCAACCGUGUUCCGGCUCCGCGACGAAGGCCGGCAUCUCGACAACCUCGUCACGGGCCGGUCGUUCCCCACGGCGACGCCCGAGGCGGAGGACGCGGCAGCGGCAGCGGCAGCGGCAGCGCUGCGAGUGCUGGGCGAGACGGUGGAGGAGGACAUGUUUCUGCUGAUGGGCGAGCCGGAGGGACACCGGGCGGUGGCUUUUGUGUGCUGUUUCCCGUCGGGCUUUGAUCCGUCGACAAAGGUCGGGAAGCUGCUGAGGGAGAUUCACGCGCCGGUGCCGUCGUACGACAAGAUUGGGCCGAGCAUGGAGCGGUUUUUCAGCAAGAUUGAGGUGGGCAAGAAUGUGAAGCGGACGAAUUGGUCUAUGCAAACGCACAGUGAUCUGUUCCAUUACGACAGACACGAUCAGCACAAGAGCGACGAGCCCGUGGCAAGCGAAGAAAUCGACACGAGCAAGACAUACGCCCGCAUCGAGCUCCAGACGCUCAGCCGGCUGCCCAAGACACGGGCCAUCCUCUUUUCCUUCAAGACAUAUCUGUACCCGGUUGAGGGCCUCAAGAAGGAAGGGCUGGGGCCGCAGGUGGCGGAUGCAAUCGAGGGCCUCAAGACGGGCAAUGCGCCGGGCAUGUGGAGGUACAAGGGCGCGCCGCAGUGGGGAGAGCCGAUUUGCAACAACCGCAUAUAUGCAUCUAGCCACAUGUACAAUCACGCGCCUUGCAGCUCACCGACCAGCAACAGCAACAGCAACAGCAACAGCAACAGCAACAGCAACAGCAACAGCAACAGCAACAGCAACAGCAACAGCAACAGCAACAGCAACAGCCACGCGGAACACAACCAGACUCAACCAGACUCAAGCAGAGAUGAAAUUCCGCAUCGCACCAUCGUCAUUAUCCCCCAAUCCAUCCAUCCCCACGCCCGGCAGUUCAACUCCCAUCGAUCACAGAAAAUCGGAGGUGCAGCGUCUGCCCUAGCAUUCUAUCUAAUCCAUCCCCCCCAAACCGCCCUGUUCGCCCCCUCGCCUUUGGAGCCUCGUGAUCCACCUUUAUCCGUCGCACGGGGAACGUCACCGCACCCGCAGCGUACCGACCCGAAAACCGCCAGCGCAGAGAAGCAUCAGAAUCCGACCGAAGCCCUUGGGUCUGUCUUGUCCGUUACCCUCUACCUCUGCUGCCUCUGCCUCUGCCUCUGCCUCUGCUGCGUCGCCCUGAGCCGCAUCACAUCCCCGUCGUCAUCGACGCAUCCGGCCAGUGCCCCGCGUGCAAACGAGCGAGCGCUGGGACAGACGCAGAAGAAAGAAGAAGAAGAAGAAAAGUUGACAAGCUGCAAGACCGAGACCUGGAGCUGCGAAUAUCCUCCAUCGGGCCUCUGCUUCAACGGCUUCCGCGCAACCCGCAGGCUAUGCUCUGAGUCCGCAGAGCUGGUGCGCGCUCCCGUCUCUUGUCCGAUCUGUCGCUCCAGCCUCGUCGCCUCUCUUUUUCCCUGCUCUGAUCCGAUCCCGAAACUGAAGCUCUGUUGGCGUGUAGCGCGCGCCGCUCCACCUCUUUUCGCGCGACAAAACCCCCCGAGCCUGACCAAACAGGCCUUGUCCUCCGACGAGAACCAGCGCUAUACCGCCAUCAUUGACGAUAUCCUCUCCACUGCUGAUCUCGAGACCAUCUCGCGCAAAAAGGAUGCCAUCAAAAAGCUGAUAGAGGAGCGCUUCGACGCCGUCUCUGGCGCUGACCAGGGCGACGCACCCCCUUCUUCCAUGCCCGAUGCCCCGAGCAACAAACGGUCAGCCACCAACGGCACCUCGUCGCACGACGACCCCUCUGCGUCUCCCGAGCCGGCCAAGAAGAAGACCAAGCGGUCCUCGUCCACCGAGGAUGCCGACGCCCGCCUGGCUGCUCAGCUUCAAGCGCAGGAAAACAGACUCGCGAGGAGCCGUACCACCCGCGGCGGAGGCGACAAGGCGCGAUUCGCCAAGAAGAAGAAGGCCCCGCGCAAGAAGAGCGCCAAAAAGGUCGGCGACGACGAUGACAGCGAGGUGGACGCCAGCGGAGACUCUGCUCCCAAGCGCAAGGCUGGCGGCGGCUUCCAGAAGCCCUUUAUCCUGAGUCCUACCUUGUCGGAGCUGUGCGGUGAAACCCAGCUCUCUCGUCCUCAAGUCGUCAAAAAGUUGUGGGAGCACAUCAAGGCCAACGAUCUUCAAGAUCCCAAGGACAAGCGCCAGAUUCGCUGCGACGAAAAGAUGCAGGCCGUAUUCAAGCAGGCCAAGGUCGACAUGUUUCGCAUGAACAAGGACAUUGGGAGCCACCUCUACCCGGUGGAGGAGUAA